AUGAUGGAUUCCCUUGAAGAAACAGCUCUGUGCUUCCCACACCUCCUCAACACCUCCUGCAGGACAGCCACACAUUCCUACUUUGUAUCUCUGCUUGCUUACAUUGGGCUGUCCUGCAUUUCUCUGCUUACGGUGACUCUUAACCUACUGGUUAUAAUCUCCAUUUCCCACUUCAGGCAGCUCCACACUCCCACCAACCUCCUCCUCCUCUCUCUGGCUGUCUCUGAUUUCUUCAUUGGCUUCCUCAUGCUCAUCCAAAUUAUGCUCAUAAACGGCUGCUGGCUCCUGGGUGACCUCAUGUGUUCACUGUAUUAUGUUGUGGACUGGAUUAUUACCUCCACCUCUAUAGGAAACAUGGUUCUCAUAUCCAUAGACCGCUAUGUGGCUAUAUGCUACCCUUUGCAUUAUUCUAACAAAGUCACUGAGAAGCGAGUCCAAGUGUGUAUUUGUGCUUGUUGGACGUGUUCAGCUCUGAGUAACAGUUUUCUGCUGAGAGAUAACCUGGAGCAUCCAGGCAAGUAUAACUCCUGCUAUGGUGAGUGUGUGGUUGUUAUUGAUUACGUAGCUGGAGUUUUCGAUCUGUUCUUGUCCUUCAUUGGACCCAUCACCCUAAUCAUGGGUUUGUAUCUUAGAGUGUUUAUGGAAGCUCUGUCUCAGGCUCGUGCCGUUCGUUCCCACGUUGUAGCAGUGUCGCCUCAGGGUUCCAUCAGUGUAACAGCAAAGAGUUUUGAGCUAAAAGCAGCCAGGACUCUGGGUGUUGUUAUCCUUGUGUUUCUUAUAUGUCUUUGCCCUUUCUUCUGUUUUUCAGUCACAGGCCAGAACACUUCAUCUUCUGCUUUUGUAAUAUGUUUGUUUUACUUUAACUCCUGCCUGAAUCCUGUCAUUUAUGCCUUUUGUUACCCCUGGUUUAGAAAAUCUGUAAAAUGUAUAUUUACACUUAAAAUACUGCAACCUGACUCAUGUGAGGCCAAGGUGACAUAG